AUGGCGAAGUUGAGGCACUCGCGAUUGCACUCGAAGAAAUGGUCGACAAUCAAGCUGGUUUUCUCCAUGCUCUUUAUGCUCUCGUUCGUUCUCCUGAUUCUCCUAGGCUUGGGAAUCUUCUCGCUCCCUGUGAGCACCGACGAUUCGACUCCUAAGGAUCUGCCUGCUUCCUACCGCCGCAUGGCCGCCGAACGAGAUGGCGACGGGCUAGGUAAGCGAGGCGAGCAGUGGACUGAGAUCGUUUCUUGGGAGCCUAGAGCCUUCGUGUAUCACAAUUUCUUGUCCAAAGAAGAAUGCGAGUACCUAAUCUCUCUAGCUAAGCCUCACAUGACAAAAUCAACCGUGGUGGACAGCAAAACAGGGAAGAGUAAAGAUAGCAGGGUUCGCACAAGCUCAGGGAUGUUUCUCAGCAGAGGACAGGAUAAAAUCAUUAGGGCUAUAGAGAAGAGGAUCUCAGAGUUCACUUUUAUUCCUGUAGAAAAUGGUGAAGGCCUCCAAAUCCUCCACUACGAGAUCGGUCAGAAGUAUGAGCCUCACUUUGAUUAUUUCCUUGAUGAGUUCAACACCAAGAAUGGAGGCCAGCGGACUGCUACUCUGCUAAUGUAUCUGUCAGACGUCGAAGAAGGAGGCGAGACUAUCUUUCCUAGUGCCAAGGCGAAUUCCAGUUCGGUGCCAUGGUGGGAUGAAUUGUCUGAAUGUGGUAAAAAGGGCCUUUCCCUGAAACCGAAGAGGGGGAAUGCCUUGUUCUUUUGGAGUACAAGGCCCGAUGCCUCAUUAGAUCCUUCCAGUUUACAUGGUAGUUGCCCAGUGAUUAUAGGGAACAAAUGGUCAGCUACAAAAUGGAUGCACCUCGGAGAAUACAAGGCCAGAUAA